AUGCAAAAGUAAGUUUGUCAUCAUAAUUAAGAGAGGAAAUAGAUCUGGCACUAAGAUAUUUCUGUUUCAAGUAUACCUAUUACAACGUAUUUGCUUUGGUAUUCUCCUUAUUUUAAUAUGAUUUACUUCCAUUUGCUCUACCUAUAGGAUUACUGAUUAUCCAAGAAGUUAUUUGUUUGAUUUGCCAUUCUAAAAGAAAUUUAAUUUUAUCACUGCAACAUUUACUUCAAAUUUUGGCUGGCAUUUUUAUAUUAAUUCUGUAUUAUAUCGAUCUGUAUUACUACAUUUUUGUUAAUUUAUUUGUUGUAUUUACAACAUUCCUUGGAAUUAAAUGGAGUUGUCAAUAAGAUUAAUAGCAUGAAUAUUCAACUAUCUUUAGAUAUGUAAUAAAACGAUAUUAAUUUUUUAGCUUCAAGGCUUUUAUAGCAUAUCAGUAUUAAUUGCUUCAUUAUGUGUAACAAUUAAACUGAAUCAAUUAGUUAAUUGGACUUGGUCUUAAACUUUCUGGUGGUAUUGGAUGUACUUAAGUGCACUUAUUGGAAGUGCUUUCACAAUAUUAAUGAUCCUAAUUUCUAAAUUAAUUAAUUAAUUCUACUACCAUAGAAUAUCUCUCCAUUCAAAUGAAUGUAAAAUAUCAUUUGUUAUAUAGAUAAAACUUUGUUUUGGUCCUUUUAUCUAUUUUCGAUGACCAGCAUCUUAUCUGGCAUAUGGAUAAUUAAUACAUUCAAUCUUCUUGGAAUGAAUCUACAAAUAGAAAUUGGGAUUAUUAUUUUUAGCAUCAUUAUUGCAUUCAAUUUGGUUGUAUUUGCAGGAACUUUAAUUAUUUUUUAAGAUAUAUCCAUAUUUUUUACUCAACUUCUAAAUGCAGAUUUCUAAUAAAGGGAACUUCCAUCUAGUCCUAAAAUGGAUGAAAUCAGAAUCAAAUAAAAUUUAAAAUCUCCAAUAUUUUUAAAAAAAUUAUCUUCCUCGUAUUUUCGUUUAGUAACUUGUUAAGAAUUCUUAAUGUAUGCUAAUACUAAUAAAGAAGAACUCUUUACAGAAAGAGCCAAUAAUUUAUCAUAAAACAUAAUUAGAGAUGUUAAUUAGGAAAUCAAAAGAAUAAAAAAGUCAAAGUAGAAAACUGAUAUAAUUCAUGAAAGUUAAAAAACUCAAACUGUCAACAAUUAAUGUAUAAUAUGCUGUGAAAAAUAAGCCAAUGCAGUAUUAAUGAAAUGUGGUCAUGGUGGAAUAUGUUUUGAAUGUGCUUAUGCAAGUGCAUAAAAAACUAAGGAGUGCUUUCUAUGUAGAUAGAAAGUAAUUGAAAUAUAUGAAAUUGAUUAAAAUGAAUAAGGCAAUUAUCUUAAGGUUCAUAGUAAAACUAGAAUUAUUUGA